AUGAAUACCGAAACCGAAAUGACUUCGUUAAACGAUACGCACGAAAGUGAUGCACGCGACUCAUCUAAGAAACCACUUGACACUACGAAAACUUGGAAACGCUUUUGGUUUGAUACAUGGCGAUGGGAGAUCUUGGCAUGGGCAUUUAGCAUUGCUUGCUUCGUGGGAAUCUGCAUUCUACUCAAGAUAUAUGAGAACAAACAACGACCCCAGCUGGCAUACAAACUAUCACUCAACGCAAUAAUCUCGGUCCUCGCCACUGCCUGCAAGUCCGCGUUAUUUCUAGUGGUCGGAGAAGCGGUGUGCCAGUUGAAAUGGCUCUAUUUUCAAGGUCCGAGGCAACAAAGAUUAUCUAGCUUGCAGGAGUUCGACAAUGCUAGCAGAGGGCCGCUAGGUUCGAUUUCUAUCAUCCUUUCCCAUCGAGCACAGUCGCUUGUCAGCCUUGGUGCGGCGGUCAUUGUUAUUCUUCUCGUGUUCGAGCCAUUCAUGCAACAAGUCAUCAGCUAUCCCGUACUGCCGGUCAAUAUUACCGGUGGCCGAGCGGUUGCAAAACAGCUUCACGGGGCCUUAGUGUCCCCUGAAGAUUUGGUAAACUUGACAAGCGGCGAGGCCUUUAGGAAUUCUGAGGGCCUGUCAAAUGACUUCGCAGCCGCCUGGGUACAGGGCCUUUGGUCGAGUGAAGGGUUUGAAGUUGCCCCGGUAUGCUCGUCGGGUAAUUGUACGUGGGAAGAGUUCACCUCGGCCGGGAUUUGCAGUCAAUGCUCCGAUAUGACGGCUUCAGCUGGGAUAGAGUGCAAUACACCAAGCCUAGAUCCUUCAUUCAACACGACUUGUCAAAUCAAGAUACCUGAUGGGGAUGCUUACAGUUUCUCCGUCAACACCUCAUUGCCAGAUGAAAUUGGCAUAGCCAAAUUUACCCUUCCAUCCUCAGUUUUCUGGCGCGUCUAUGACAAUGGAAAUCCGGCUAUGAAUACAUCUAUGGCUCCUUAUGUCACCUUUGGAAUGCGUUCCCCAAUAAUAGCAUACGGGUAUGCUAAAGUCAACAUUUCGAUACCACCCCACGUUUCAUCAUUCAAUUCCAGCAUCAUAUCUAUCGGAAAGCUGACUGUCUGUGGUCUCGGAGAUUGCUUGCGCAACUACAAUGUCUCUACGAGAAAUGGCCAGCCUUCCAUACAGACUGGAGACCCAGAGUUUGGCAUGAGAUAUAACAAACAGCGUCAUGCCAUUAUUACUGGUCCCGAUUCGAAGUUCCAUUACGCACCGGAAGAUGGUUCUGUAUUCACAUCUUGCUGGGUCCCCGAUGAUCAAUCUAAAGCUGAUUUCGCAUAUUGUGUACCCUGGACCAACUCUUCCUUACCCAUGUUCUCGCGAAGCCAUUAUUCCUUUCCCCAGGCUUCAGACACUGAAUCCCUCAAUUAUCACAGUGAUGGAUCUUCCCCGAAUGGGGAUAGAAUACUCAACUAUUUCACCGAUCGCUGUGACAAUAUUGGCUUCGAGAACAUAAUGUCCAACGUUGCCGCUUCAUUCACGAAGCUGCAACUGGAAAAGACAAAAGGGACUUUCAGUGGCACUGCACACAGCAGCGAAGUCUUUGUGAAGGUUCGAUGGGAGUGGAUGAUUCUACCCGGCUGCCUUGUCCUCGCUGGAUCUUGUUUCUUUAUAGCAACAAUGGUUGUGAAUCGAAGAGCCAAAAUGCCUCUGUGGAAGUCAUCGGCCUUGGCGACUUUGUACCAUGGAUUGGAAAAGCAAGAGGAGGAUGAGUUGGUCACUGCGAUCAGCAUGGAACUGCAAGCGGAGAAUUCCAAGGUUCGAUUGACGGAUUCUGGGGAUGGACGCCUGGUUCUACGAAAAAGCCUCAAGUUUGAUAGCCCCAAUCUCCCAGGUCCGGAUCCGACUCGAUUUGAAUCAUCUGCGCAUGAGUAUACUCGGAUUUGA